AUGCAUUAUUUGGUAAAUGGUAUGUAAAUUUUUUGUCACAUAAAAACGACUUCGUCCGACCUUGCAGUCACACAAGAAACGUACCAUUUAUUUCAAGUUAUUUUUCCGUUCCAGCUUGCAAAGACCCUAAAGCGUUAGGAAUGCAGAGUGGAAAGAUCCCAGAUUCAAGAAUCACAGCCUCGAGUGAAUGGCAUACAUACUGGGGUCCACGUUUCGGCAGAUUACAUUGGAAUAAAUGCUGGAUUUCUCGGCCAUUAGACACCAACCAGUGGCUGCAAAUUGAUUUCAAAUAUAAAGCAACAGUUACAGAGAUUCUCACACAAGGCCGCCCACAAACGUCUAAAGAUCAAUGGGUUAGAAGUUAUACUAUUGCUUAUUCUGACGAUGGCAUGAAUUUUGAAACGUACAAAGUGUAUAAGGGGCAAGAUAAGGUAACUAUAUAUCAUAUAUUUUUCAGUCCCACACUUGGGCAAGUUGUAGGAAAAUAGUUAGAAUACCAUUUUGGGCAUCCCACUCGAUAGAACUAAUUGCAGAAAUGUUUUGCAGAUGGAAAUUUCGAGUGUAAAUUUUAUACAUUUAUUACACCUAACCAGGAGCAGUUGCCAAAAAUGCAACUAUAUAGGCCCUAUGGCAGGAAUUGAACCUGCGGCCCCGGAUUCGAAUCACAUGGUUAACGAAAUGAAAUCUGUCAGAAGAAAUGAUUUCAAUAUUCAUAUUAUAAAAUUACGUCAUUGUGAUUAUCGAACCAAGUUGCAUCAUGGGGUGGAAGUUUAUACCUCGUGCAUAAAACAUUACAGACGUGAUACUGGUAUUUUUCAUGUGAACCUUUAUGUAUUAUUUAAAACAUGAGCAACAGUGUUUUAUAAAGCGAGUAUCUUUAGGUGUGAUAAAAACACGAAGCCUAGUAUCUUUGAUGAGUUUUUGAAAUUGAAAUAAAUAUUAGAGAAUGAGUUCAACCAAAUCCAAUUUGUGUUUGUAUAAGAAAUGAUCCAUCCUGGUCACCAUAUGAAGGCUUUAUGACCUUUAUUCCACCAAACCGGGAUGAACAUUUUUGCCGAUUUUCACAUAUAAUAUUUUAUUGAGCGACAUACUAGGGAAAUACAAACAAAAAAGUAAGUAUUAGUAGAUCUAAACAGACAGAGGUAGUUUUUUUCAUUAAUCACGAAUGUGCCAUUUUAACAAUGACCUCACAGCAGGUUUACAAGUUGUUAUUUUAUUGACGUGAAAUUUAUGAACUUAAGUCCUAAAGGAAGUUAAUUUUCAAUAUGUGCAAUUCGGGGAAAAAUAUGCACUUCGUCAAACAACAAUAAUUGCUUAUUAAUUCUUAUAUUUGCUCAAUUGUUCUCUAUAAUGGCUGAAAACGUAUCAUUCAACAGCCGAAAGCCUGGUCUUUAUGAUUAUGAUAAAAUACGUUCAUACACCGGGCAAUUAACGCACAAUGGCAUGCUAAAUUUGGAUUGCCUUCUUAAUAUUAGACAUUCUGUAGAACCAGGUUGCAUUAUGGGGUGCAAGUGUAGUACUAGGCCGUUUGCUAUGUCCUCGAAAAGUGCCUAGAAAACAAUUUUCAUUAAGCAUAUCUUGGAAGUGAAAUAUUUUUAUGGGAACUAACACUUUCGAACACCCUGAGUUCAAUUCUGAAAACUUGCCGCACCGUAGACCCGCAGUUUUCUCACAAACUACAAUCUUAUCUUCACUAAUUUUACGACAAAUUUUUUCAUUGUUCAACAACACGUUUCGAACUUUCGGGCUUUUUAUACGCCGCUGUUCGAAUGCCGAUAACUUUAGAACUAGGCAAUAAAAUGCAAAUCAGAGCCGCCUAUUUUUAGAAAAUUUCUUAUUUUACCUUGUCACGUUAAAUCUAAUAAAAAAAUUAAAAAUCCUGACCCCCUCGAAGGUUCAUUUCAGACCCUAAAUUUUCUGUUCAAAUGUAUGUUUUUUAUCGGAAGUAGUAACCAAUUACGCAUUCUGAUUGGCUUAGAGCAAAAAUGUCAACAAAUGCAUUGAUUGGUAAGGGUCGAAAUUCCUCCUUGUUUUUACAGAGUUGAUACUGGUAUUUUUCAUGUAAACAUUUAUAUAAGGAUAAAUAUUAGAGAAUGAGUUCAACAAAAUCUAAUUUGUGUUUGUAUGAGAAAUGAGCCAUCCUGGUUAAAUGAAAUGUUGUCACCUUGGGCUAGGUGGGAUCUCAUUCAAGUGAGAUAAAAUUUUCCAUAUGAAGACUUUAAUAUUGUAUUGAGCGGUACAGUUGGAAAAUACAAACAAAAGAGUAAAUAUUAAUAGACCUAAACAGACAUGCAGGUGCAGUUUUUUAUAAUUGAAAAAAGGAUAUAGAAGCCAUAUGUUUACAGAAUGAGCCCAACCAAGGCGAAAUAUUUGAUGGGGUAAAAACAGUCAUAUGAAGACAGAAAAUUCACCUUCCUGAGUGGGAUGAAUUAUCACCUUGCUUUACAAUCACAUUAUCAGCCUCAAGUUCAUGCUAUUUUUUCAUUUGUAUUCAACAAUUUCGGGGGCAUUUUCUUGAUGAGCUUUAUAUAACCGACAGGUACUUCAUGACUAAAAUGAUGUAUCUCUUUGAAACCAGGUAUUUUCAGGCAAUACUGACAGAAAUAGUGUUGUGCGUCACGAACUUUCACCCGUUCUUGUUGCAAGAUUCAUCAGAAUCCAACCAAAGUCUUGGAAAUUGCACAUCUCCAUGAGAGCUGAGUUUCGUGGUUGUGUUGAAG